GAAUCACAGAUUUUUCCAAGGUUUGUAUAGUGUAUAAAUUCAACUUUGCCUACGCCAGGAAGCACCUGAAUGGAGUUUCAUAAGCGGGGAGAAUCGUCGUGAUUGCCUUGCCGACCUCCCGAGGACAAUGGUGCCUUUGGAGCUUCCCAACUAAUGAGUGAUGUUGACAUGCGUUCCAUCCAUCGAAAUUCGCUCUCGGAACCUACAUCUUUCAAAGUCAGUCAUUCCUUCCGAUGCCGAAAUCUUAAUCGAGUCCGAAACUCUCAGAUGGGGCACGGGCACCACGAGCCUGAAGCGAUCGUUCCCAAAGACCACACGAUCUACAAACCUGACGGAAUCCGACAGUUAGAUACUCUGAAAGAGCGCUUGGCGAAAAAAGGUCUCAAGGACCCCUGGAUGAGGAAUGAAGUUUGGCGCUACCAACAUCAAGAAGCGUCCGCUGCUGCCCGCAUGCUCGAAAUGGCUGGCGGUUGGAGGUGUAUAGGUAUAGGGGCGGCCAUCGGUGCAGUAGGAGCUCUUCUUUCGAAGUAUACUACGGAAGAUCAUCAUCACGGAGAGGGCCAUGAAGACGGCCACGGGAAGCACCAUUGAAAGAGUGUCGGAGUAGACCCACUGUGAAAUAUAGGAUCUUCAGAAUAAACGCUGAGUCCGGGAAAGGCUCGCGAA